AUGAAAUGCAACGCCACUGAUCCACGAGAUGAGGUCUAUGCGGUCUUGAGCUUGAUGGAACCUCAGGCUAGAUCACUUAUACCUGUUGACUACUCUCUGGACCUUGAUGUCGUCUGGCGUAACGCAAUUGCAGCUAUCAUCAUCACUCAAGGCAAUCUGGAUAUCCUAUCACACGUGGGCGUUUACCGGCAUAGAUCUUUACUGAACAACAGAGUACGAAGAUCCUACAUGAACCGGGUAGAUAUCGCUGGGUAUCUGGAGAGAGUAGCUUCCAGUAAUAGCCAUCAUCUCACCUUGCCUUACUCUGAGGGGCAUCGUGCAACUCCCUGGCGCGCACAACUCGUAAUGCCAUCAAACCCUUCGGAUAUUCCCCAGCAAUCUGCCACCUUCUCUAUCAUAGGGCCGCCUGUCAAUUCGAACAGCUUGUUGCCACGAUUUUGUGUACGAGCACAUUACAUUGAUCGUAUCGAUGUACCAAUGGUCUUCAGGCCCUCUCUCAAGAAGAGGAAAAGAGGAAAAGAUUAUGGCAAUGAUGCAGUGUAUUAUGAUUGGGACCAGGAACCGUUCGACCGUAUCAGGAGCUACAGUGUUCGAUCGCUUGUAGCUUUUUUCAAAGCAGAUGUAGACAAUGUAUCAACGACUGAUCCUCAUAAGCCUUCACACGGAACCUCUGGCUUCCACCCUGGUACCGUUACUUCUGGGUCUGAAAGACCGGAAGCUCUCAUUAUGAACGACCCCAGUAUUGAAGAUACAGACUUAUCGGAAUUCAUCCGUAUCUGUCAAACUUCAAGAAAAGGAAGACCGUUGUUCACCAGUCACUUCAGCGUCGGUUUUCCUGGGAUUAGUUCAAUGAAACGGAUAGUUCAACAAGGCGAUGAGAUAUUCGCUAUCGAUGGUGCAAGGACGCCCUUCAUCUUACGCAAACGCGGCCGUGUCGCUGAAAAUUACAAGAUCAUAGAUGAGUGCUAUCUAUGGGCGGCACUGGAGCUUGAUUGUUGGAACCCGGGGACUAGGAAGGGAAGGUGGGGACCAGGAGUAGAGAGACCCACUACCACGCAAACACGCAUGAUCAACAUAUGCUGA